GGUCAUGACAUCAUCGACCGUAUCAAUGUGAGUUGUAGUACCACGGCCCAUAGUAUGACGUUUACAUUUAGCUCCACCACAGACCAAGGAGCAGCGUGGCAGUGCGGGAAACAGGUUUCCGACUACGAUAUACACCCGAGAAGCAACAAUUAUACAAUAGACGUUGCAGGUUCUGUCAUGUCAACACAGUCUUUAUCAACAACGACCCGACAUGUUGAUACUACUACUCCUGAGACAGUGACCACAACGAAAGACGUUGCAAGUUCUGUUAUGUCAACACAGUCAUUAUCAACAACGACCCGAUCUGUGGAUGUAACAUCUUAUCCCGAGACAGUGACGCCAAAGAAAGACGUUGCAAGUUCUGUUAUGUCAACAAAGUCAUUGUCAACAACGACCCGAUCAAUGGAUAGAACAUCUUCUCCCGAGACAGUGACGCCAAAGAAAGACGUUGCAAGUUCUGUUAUGUCAACGCAGUCCUUAUCAACAACGACUCGAUCUAUGGACAUAACAUCUUAUUUCGAGACAGUGACGCCAGACGUUGCAAGUUCUGCCAUCUCAACACAGUCAUUUUCAACAGCGACCCAAUCUCUGACGACUACAUCGAGUCCCGAGACAGUGACGCCAAAGAAAGACGUUUCAAGUUCUGCCAUGUCAACACAGUCACCACCAACAGCGACCCGAUCUUUGGCGACUACAUCCAAUCCCGAGACAGUGACGCCAACGAAAGAUGGCAGUAAUCCAGACACUCUCUACAUCGUGGUUGGGGUAGUAGCCGGGGUUGUUCUGCUUAUCAUCGUCGUCGUGGUCAUCGGGUGUAUCCUAUGGAGAAGAAGAGCGGCCCAUCAACAUUAUGAUUUGAAAGAAGGAAUAAAUGUCAAAAGCACACCAUUUUCUCAAAACACAAGCUCCAACACAGUGGAAAAUGACUUAUAUGAAAGAUCAUCCAAUGUCCCUCCAAUCAAUGCAGCUGCGAAUCAGGAGGAGGAUUUUAUUUUGUCAGAUGCCUACGCGAGUGUUGACAUGCCAAUGGAGAACACGUGUACACCACAGGAGCAGGUUUCGUCUGGUGGCGACGACUUAGAGAACCUGUACGCUAAACCUAACAAAGGCAAACCUUAAAAUGUUGAACAUGUUUCAGACGUAUACACUGAAGUACAGAAACCCAGGAAAAAUAUCCAAGAUCCGUUUGUGUCUGGAACUGACGUCACAGGGGAUGUGUAUGCAACUUCUAACAAGGAUCGAAAUGCACAUCUGUAGUAAUGUAAAAUAUAAGCAUCGAAAUCCAUUGUACGCUCCCGAUUCUGUCAUGAGCAUAUGUUUUUGGAUGACUAUCAAAUAGUGAUGAUACCAUGUGUUCGCGGAAAAAGGUGAGCGUAUCCUGUCCCACAUCUAGCACCCGUCACAAACACAUGUAAAUGUAAAUUAAGUUUUUACACCAACAUGGGAACAUUUGUAUGUUAAUAAAGCCAAACUAAGGCCUUGAAUGCUAUAAACUUGAUCGACCUAUGUGUCGUGUUAUCCGGUUAUGUAAACCUUAAUUUUAAUAGGUAAGGAUGAGAAUAUUUUGGAUGAACAACUUCUUAUUACAAUUAAGAGCGACGUUUCAGUGUAGGUUCUAACACCGUUAUCAAGCAAGUGAAGUAUCUUUACAUGGUACUCCAACUUCUAAAUGCCUAUCAAAGACGUUAUUCGUCGUCUUGAUGGAGACGUCGCAAUCUCAACCAUCAACCGACUCAAACCGAAGUUGUUCAUCCAUAAAUUCUUAACCCUACUUAGUACUCCAACUUCUAAAUACCUGUCAAAGAAACUUAAUUUUAAUUUAGACGUAUAAGUGUUUGUUAAUAUUCAUUUUUAACAGUAAACUUAUAUAUAUAUAUCAUUCCGUGUAAGUAUGUGUGAGUUUCCCAAUGAAUUUCCGGGUACACAUAAUUUGCAUCAAUAAAUGUUGUCACAUCAGCAUAUGUCGAAGUGACAUUGUUGAAGGCAACCUAAUGAAAUGGUCAGUCCGAAAUUCUGAAAUGAUGAACUAUAAUUGUUUGUGAGCAUAUGAAAAUACUACAUUAUACUGAAAAAGCUGCAGUGAUAUAACACAUAAAUAUUAUGUGAAAUAUACAAACCAUAUUGAAAUUGUUUACUGAUGUGGCAUACUUAAAUUUGACACUCUUGAACUGUUCAAUACUUGUAUAUUUUAUCAGAUAUUUUAUAUCUGAUGCUUAUAGUUUCUACACCUGUAUGUGUUACCUGACAUGUUUUUUUUUAUGUUUUGUUUGUUGUUGAACGCCGCACUCAACAAUAUUCCAGCUAUAUAUCUGUACCUAAAUUACCAGAACACAUAAAUUAUAAAAAUAUGUCAUCUGCUACUUCAACAGUAUGACGAAUGGGGAACAAACAACUGGCUAACAGUGAUAAGAACUUUCAUGAUAAUUGGUAGAUUUAUUAAUGUAAGAAUCAAUCAAGGCUUUGUUGAAUUUUUGCAGAGAUUACAGGAUACAUAUAUGACACAUUAGAGUAAUUCAGUCUUACAUAAUACAGAGCAGAGCUUAUGAACAGUUGUAUAACUAUGUAUAUAACUAGAAAACGCUCUCGCCAUAUUUUACUACACUUUAGAUUGGGCAUGUUACAAUUAGAAAAUUGAAUGUGGAAGACAUUUGUCAUUGCAAAGAAGUGAUUACAUCCGCAAACUAUGUAAUGGUGACGAAAUCGAAGAUGAAUUAUAAGCUUUGCUUGUGUGUAUUAAAGUGUAAUCUUUCAGGAAAAAAACGAAUUCUGAUAUGCAUUGGAAAUAUCAUGAUAUACAUAACUUUAUUGUGUUGAUGACUUCUUAAAAUAAUGAUUUAAUAAAUAACCUAGCCUUGCAUAGCCACCAGCGUUUCACAAUUGAAAACAAUUAUACUUAGUGUAUGAAGAGACUGUAAUAUAUUUGAAGUAUGCUGGGUGUAUUAAACCCGUUAUCAUCUGCAGUUACCUGCAUAUAUGUUUUGUUGGUAUUUUGUUAUAGGCUGGAGAAGGACAUCGGGGUCGCUGACUUGGUUGAUGCAUGUAAUCGCAUUCCAAGUGUGUAGAUUGAUGCUCAUGAUGUCAAUCACUGGAUAUUCUGGUCUAAUCUUAUUUAUAGAUCGCCGGCAUAUGGCUGGAGUAUUUAUGAGUGCUGCGUUAAGCAAAAAGAUAAACAAAUAUACACAAACCAACAUCAAUAAACGUCUUUCUUUAUUGGCUAUAAAAAAAUGAGUGAUGAGUGCCGUGACCAUGUGUAUGGUGGAAUUAAAUAUAUGUGACCAUGUGAAGGAUGUAGUGAGAUAUAUGUGACCAUGUGAAGGAUGGAGUGAUAUGUAUGUGAAAAUGCGUAGGAUGGAGUGAGAUAUAUGUGACAAUGUGUAGGAUGGAGUGAAACACAUGCAACCAAGUGUAGGAUGGAGUGAGAUAUAUGUGACAAUGUGUAGGAUGGAGUGAAACAUAUGCAACCAAGUGUAGGAUGGAGUGAGAUAUAUGUGACCAUGUGAAGGAUGGAGUGAGAUAUAUGUGACCAUGUGUAGAAUGGAGUGAGAUAUAUGUGACCAUGUGAAGGAUGGAGUGAGAUAUAUGUGACCAUGUGUAGGAUGGAGUGAGAUAUAUGUGACCAUGUGUAGGAUGGAGUGAGAUAUAUGUGACCAUGUGUAGGAUGGAGUGAGAUAUAUGUUUAGAACGGGAUGAGUGAGGUGACUAUGUGUAGGAUGGAAUGAGAUAUGUGUGACCAUGUGAAAGGUGAAGUGAAAUACAUGUGGACAUGUUUAGGACGGGAUGAGUGAUGUAACCAUGUAUAGGAUGGAGUGAGAUAUGUAUGGACAUGUGAAGGAUGGAGUGAGAUAUAUGUGACAAUGUGUAAGAUGGAGUGAGAUAUAUGUGACCAUGUGUAGGAUGGAGUGAGAUAUAUGUGACAAUGUGUAGGAUGGAGAGAUAUAUAUGUGACGAUGUGUAGGAUGGAGUGAGAUAUAUGUGACCAUGUGAAGGAUGGAGUGACAUAUAUGUGACCAUGUGUAGGAUGGAGUGAGAUAUAUGUGACCAUGUGAAGGAUGGAGUGAGAUAUAUGUGACCAUGUGUAGGAUGGAGUGAGAUAUAUGUGACCAUGUGUAGGAUGGAGUGAGAUAUAUGUGACCAUGUGUAGGAUGGAGUGAGAUAUAUGUUUAGAACGGGAUGAGUGAGGUGACUAUGUGUAGGAUGGAAUGAGAUAUGUGUGACCAUGUGAAAGGUGGAGUGAAAUAUAUGUGGACAUGUUUAGGACGGGAUGAGUGACGUAACCAUGUAUAGGAUGGAGUGAGAUAUUAGGUGACCAUGUGUAGGGUGGAAUGAAAUAUAUGUUUACAUGUUUAGGGUGGGAUGGGAGACGUGACCAUGUUUGUUUUGUUUGUUUCGUUGUUGUUUAACGCCGCACUCAAUAAUAUUCCAGCUAUAUGACGGCGGUCUGUAAUUAAUCAAAUCUGGACUAGACAAUCCAGUGAUUGAUAUCAUGAGC